CCCAAAGGGUGUCUGUAUAAAACUCCCCAUGUGCUGAGAGCCAGUCAGAAAGCGAAAGAGACUCACAGAGGGAUCCACUUUGAACAUAAGGACUGAGAGCUCUGGAAAAUGUGUAAAGGAUUAGCAGCCUUACCCCAAACCUGCCUCGAAAGGGCCAAAGAGAUCAAGACUAAAUUGGGAGUUUUACUGCAGAAGCCCGAGAAUGCCAUUGACCUGAUCAUCCCCUACCCCGAAAAAACUGAGAAGAAGCCAGAGAAGCUACUGAAGCCAACACCUGAGGAGGCGGCUCAGUGGCGUGAGUCUCUGGACCGAGUCCUGUCCAACAACUAUGGCCUGGCUUCUUUCCGUGGCUUCCUGCAGUCCGAGUUCAGCGAUGAGAAUAUUGAGUUCUGGAUGGCCUGCGAGGACUUCAAGAAGACCAAGAACCCCGUGAAGAUGGCCAGCAAGGCCAAGAAGAUCUAUGAGGACUACAUCCAGACUGAUGGACCCAGAGAGGUGAACAUUGACCACUCCACCAAGGACGUGACCCUGAGGAACCUGGUGAAUCUCUCCCCCGAGACCUUUGAUCUGGCCCAGAAGAGGAUCUUUGCCCUGAUGGAGAAGGACUCCUUUGGCCGCUUCCUCCGGUCCGAGCAGUACCAGGAGCUCCUGGUCAACUAAGUCAGUCCAGGAUCAUGGCAGGGGGGGAGGGGGUUGGUGGUUAGGAUUUGAACCAGCAGUUUGUCAAAUUACUCAAAAAAAUAGCAGGAAAAAUUUUAAACCUAACCAUUAACUUUAAACAAGAAUUAUUAUUUGCCCAUAAAGAUCAUUUGUUGAUGUGUACAACAGUUUGGUAACCUAGCAUCAGAAUCUGAAUCCAUGUUGUAUUUCACAGUUGAUCCUAAAUAUAAAGGGCAUUAUAUUUCAAAUGUGGCUAAAAAUGCUUCUUGAAUACCCCCCACCCCCUUCACACACACACACACACACACACACACACACACACAGGUGCAAUGUGUAGAACACAGCAGAUGAAGUUCAAUUCCACACAGUUUGAAUGUAUGCAAAUCAGCACCUAUGGAAAUUUGUUGGAUGAAAUGAAUGUAAGAUUGACGUUAAAUCAGCCAGUCAGGCUCCAGAUUUUUAUUUUGACAAGGAGACAAAACUUCUAAGAGAAGAUAAAAAUAUAAAAUAUCGAUGCACUUUGCAAUUUCUCACACAAAUGGCCCGGCCUCUUAAAAGUCACCUUGGAUUAAGUAACAUUUCACAUUAAAAACCCAAAAAAUAACAUGAUCCAAGCGUCUGGACCUUGUAACUUUUAACUUGAUUAGGCACUGUUGCUCUAUCAAUUACUGUAAGGCAUGAAAGCCUUAUAGAGUUGCGGUGACAUUUAAUAAAUUUGUGGUUUUCCCAAGAACAAACAAGAGAUUAGUACCGUGCAGAGUGUCUGUAGAGUGCAGUCUGACCCUCCGCGGCCUUAACGUAGUGACACAUCCAAGAAGCCAUACAAAUCCAUCCGGGGGGAGACAAGGGCUGGGAAAAUCCUUGGAAUUAUGAGAUUCACACAGUCGACUAUAUUAAACAAUGAAAAGGGGAAGUAAUGGGUACCUUGAGUCAUUUCCAGCAAGGACCAAACACUUGGUUCUUAAGAGUAACAUGCAUUACAUAGAGGUCCUUUUUACUGCAUUAAUGCAUCUCUUUCUUUCUCUCCCUCUCACACCCCCACACAAACAGAUAUACACACCGAGUUUUGGAUUUUGACCAAGCCCGCUUUGGUUCUGGUGUAUCCAGCGAGAGCCAUCCUUGGGAACAGUGCUGGGUAGUUGGCUCAGUGGUUAGGCUCCUUGGCUACCACUACACUGCAAGUUGCUAAGAUGGGAAAACCAAGUAGGAGGGAAUCUCAGAAAAAGAAGUGAAUAAAAGUAGUGGUUUUUACAGAGAAAGUUUUUUUGUUUUUGUUUUUGUUUUUGUUUUUUCCCGUGUGACAUUGCCAAAGUCAUAUUUCUUCUCCAUGCAUAUUGGGUCACUUAACAGGUCACAUGGUUUGGGUGGUUAAUUCACCAGUGAGGGACAAAUGGUGGAGUGGAACUUGCAGAUUUUGGGUUAGUGGGUCUGCAGUGUUAUGUAGCUGCCGUCUCAGUGCCAUUUAAACCUAUUCAGAUGCUGAGAAAAAUGUUUAACCAUUUUGGCCUUAGAAGCACUAACUGCGGUCUACUUGGCCUCUAAUCUUUCCCCAUGAGGCAAAUGUAAGGAAAUAAGGGUGUCAAACCAUCAAUAAUCACACCAGAUUACACACUUAACCACACAAAUACAACUAAGUAACCAUAACUCUGGCAUCAAAAUAUAGCAAUACACUGUAAGACUAUGAAUCUGAUGGUAUAUGUACUUUGCCACAGUGUCUUCUAACAUAACACCAAUAUUCAACCACAGCGCAGGUUAUUAUUCGCAAACACAUACUGUAAUAAAAUGAUACUACUCACCUAAUUGUCAGCAAGCUGAGGUAAAGGUGGAUUUGAGGGUGGAUUUGGUGCUGGUGUGCAAUGUCAAAGAAUGCCAAAUAUAUACUUACAUAUGUAGCAAUCGUAAAGUGUGAUUAUAUCUACCCCUGCAUGCUUCUUUAUAUUUAACCAAAGCAUCUGUCAUAUCCAUCACAAGAGUAUUAUUAUUAUUACUAUUAUUAUUAUCCAGAUAUUCAGCAUUUUUAUAAGUCCUUGUUGUCCUUUUGAUUACAAAUGAUUUGCAUACCAAAAUGGCACAAACUUGGAUGUUUAUUUUUAAAUGGCAUCGAUAAGGAUUUGCCGUGGCACAGAUUGGCCAGUCUAGUGUCAUAUCGUGAGAUACCAUGCAAGUCGACAACAGAGAAACCAAAAUCAAUAAGGACUCAAUUAAUGCUGGAUACCGACUAUUUGAUAUAGCCUUGCAUGUACGUUUUGUAGUCAAAUACAUAAAAGACAUAAAUGCA